AUGACGCAGUUACGCGUCUGCUUCGGUGUCGAUCAUUUGACAAUUUCGAGUUUCGUACAUCAAAAAAUGGAUCAAAUUACUUGUAAUGCUUACAAUGACUUAACCGAUUGGACUGAAAAAUGCCACGCGAUUGCUUACGACGUCUCCGUUGUUCGACUUCCUUCGCUGAAUAAAAUAGGAAUUGCACGUGACGUUCCCUCCAUAGGACCUUUAUUGACUUACCACAGCCAGUUAGACGACCUCGACUUAAAACGGAGUGCAUCUACUGGUGAAGUGUUAUGGACGAAUAACGGCAUUCAUUCGACUGCUACAUUUUCAGAAGAGGAAUCGAUACCUGAAAGAGAAAAUAUGUCAAAGAAAAGGGAUUCGAUCGUCGAAGCACGAUUAGCUUUCGUGGCGGAUAUGGUUGAAACCAAGACCAAUCAAGAAAAUGGUGAAGUGGAGGAAGUUUCGAGAAAAGUCGAAUGCUUUCGCAACAGCACAAACGACAUGAUCGAAUGUUUCGGCCGAGAAGACGACGGAAGUCUACAUAGGUUCGAAUGCAUUCCUACAACAGAGAAUCCAUUAAAGUUUGAGUGUUACACUUACGAAGUUCUGCCCAGCAAGGACUCUUCAUUACAAUGCUGCAACGACGAUGUUGGAAAUGAUUGUCAAGUUACUGAAGAACUCUUAACAGAAUCAUCCAUGGAAUGCAAGACUUUGAUAGACACAGAAACGAAUCAUAACGAGGAAGGAAAAGAAGUAGAAACUGGCACGACUACUUUGGAGGAUAUCGAACGAGAAAGAAGGAAAAUCAUCGAAAAACAAGUAGUGAGGAGGAAGACCAUCGAAAGUUGGACUUUGGAUCAGUGUUUGUGUUCAGAAGAUGCUGUUGACGAUGAAAAGAAUUGUCCUCCUUCUCUUCGCGCUAGUUUAGAAAAAUAUAAUGAAAGAAAACAGAAGAAGGAUGACGAUUGCCGAUGUACUUCGCCUUCCUUUGUAGUGGUUCCUGAAGCAAAUAGUUCUCAAAUACCAAAUUCAGUGGAUUUUGGUUCCAUUUUGGAAAAGAAACAAGAACUAAAACAUUUUUGGGAAAAGAAAAUGAUGGAAGUAGUCGCGCCGAGUAUAGAAGAACAGAGACUUCCACCCGUUGUCGUUAAUGGUCAUUGCAAAUUGAAACAAAAUGGAGUAAUUAAAUGUCAAGAAACUGGAGUGACCGAACCGGAACUUUGUAGAAGACCUUCACCUGAAGGAGAAGAAAGUUGUGUUCUUCCCGAAACAAUCAAAAACCUGCCUUUAGAAAAGCAUACUUCAGUCCUUCAAGAAGAGGAUUUGCAAAAGAAGAAAGAGAACAAUGCUUUGGAAGAGAAAGAAUUGCAAAAAACUGGAGAAAACGAUGCUUUAAAAGAUGAAGAUUUGCAAAAUAAUGGCUUGCUUGAUGAUUUACAAAAGAAAGAGAACGUGCUGCAAGAAGAUCUGAAAAACAAAGAAGAGGAGAAAGAAAUGCAGAAAGAAGAAUCGAUAGUAGUAGAAGUGGAAGAAAAAUCGAAAUGUGAAUCACAGGAAAUUAAGGAGAUUACAGAAACUAAUAAGGCGGUGGAGGAAACAAUGGAACACGUAACAAAUAAUGAACAGGAAAAGGAAAAUAAUCUGCCAGAAACCGAAGCAAUUGACAAGGAAAAGCCAAUUAUUCCGGAGAUAGAAAUAACAACAUGCGGAGAAAACCGAAUAGACGAUGAAGAGGAACAAAUAGAGGAAGAGGAAUACACAGAAAGUGUCCUCGAUCGAGAAAUUCGAUUGCAGCGAGAAAGAGAAGAAUCUCUAGCAAAAGAAAGAGAAACUGCAAAAAUUCAAUCGGGAAUAAUCGAAUCACGUGCGGAAACACCUCACAAAACCUUUCAUAAUCAGGUGCAACCUACUGAACGUCCUUACUGCAAUCAGACUACCGAGAGCAGAAUCGCUUUAGAAAUUAGAGAGAUGAGGGAAAGAGAAGAGGAGUUGAGGAGAAUGAGAGAAAAUCUUAAAAACCAAACACUUGAAGUCGUAGAAAAAAAGGAAACAGUAAAAAUUGUUAAUAUAGAAAAGGAACAACCAGUAAUAGUGGAGAAGAAAUCACCCGUUAGUGAAACUGUAUCUUCAAACUUAGGAAUGUUUAAGAAGAGGGACAAGAUAAAAGUUCGACCGUUAGAGGAAGUGGAAGUCGAGGACAAACCUAUUUACAGAAUGAGCAAAGAAUCACCCAUCGAGAGAGAAAUUCGUUUGCUUAAAGAACGCGAAGAAGAACUGAGAAGAGAAAAGGGUUUAAAUGCACCACCCAAAAAACAAGAAACCGCAACAAAAAUAAUUAAGGAAAGGACCUCGGUGACAAUGGCGAUAGGAGGUGACACUCAACGUUUACUGGCAACCAACCGCAUCCAACAAGAGAUCGAAGAGCAAACGAGAAGAGAACUGGAUCUUCGAGAGAAUGGCCACAUAAGGACUAUAUCUCGAGAGACGACGGAAAAGACCGCGAGUAGUCCGAUUUGCAAAAGUGCCAAAUUUCUUAAUUACAUGGGAAAAGAGAACGUGAGUAACGGACCGAAAGGUGAAGAUGUGAUCGAUUCUAAGCCCGCAUUAGAGAAAAAGAUCAAAGUGGAUGCAAGAUUUCCAUUGAUUAACAGAAGAAAUGUCAGUGCGGAGUCUAAAAUUCAACAGGAAUUAUUGGAAAUGAAAGCAAGAGAAGAGGAAUUGAGGCAACAAAGAUUAAAGUUAUCCGAUCAAUUUGUGUCCAACACCCCUGUUUUGAUGAACGGAAACGAGAAAGAAAACUCUACAGAAUGCACCGAAAAUCGCCUUAAUGAGAAGGACCAAAAUAAAGUGGCUGCUGAUGACGCUCCGUUAAACGGCAGAAGACGUCGAAGUGCACUGAUUGCUCAAUGGGAACAGAGAAUUCAGAAUGCCGAAGGAAAAUCUUAGUUGUUCCGAUUCUGUAUAUUUUAAUGGUUGUAUGCCUAAAUAUUAGGAAUUUUUGAGAAAUUAUUAUUGGCGAGGAUUAUGUACAGAUGUUAUAAAAGUAUAUUUAUAUCAUUCAUUUGUACUUGAAUUGUUUAAUUUUUCUUUUACUUAUUACCAAAUACAUAGUCGGAUAAUGUAAAUCACAAAUUUAAAGAAAUUAUUGUCUAAUGCUAAUUUAAAUUACUAAUGUGUGAAAAGCAAAGCGAAAAAUUAAACUGCAUUUCUUUUUUUAUAA